AUGGUGCUGCGUGAAGGGCUGCGCGCCGCGGCUGCCCCGGACCGGCCGCAAGAGCCCUCCCGGGCGGCUGCCGGGGGAGCCAGGGCGACAGGUGCCGCUGGGCACGGCCCGGCCGACAGCUGCCCCGGGCCGGCUGCCAGCGCCGAGGGGCCCGGGGACAGGCGGCCCGCGCUUGCCGGGCCCUCAGGAGCGCAGCCGCCGCCGGGCCCAGCAGCAGCAGCGGCGCGGCCCGCCCUGGCCGGUGUGGGUGGGCGGGCGCCGCGGCGAGCCCCCAGCCCCGCCGGGCCCGCCCCCAAGCGCCGCAGGCCGAGCGGCAGCUCCUCCUCUGCGCAGGGCGGAUCCGGCGGCCGCCUGCCUGCUCUUCCUUUCUCUUCGGCGGCUGCGGUGCGGGUGGCAGCGGCAACUCCGGCGAGCGCGAUGGCUGCCAACUGCGAGCGCACCUUCAUCGCCAUCAAGCCCGACGGCGUGCAGCGCGGGCUGGUGGGGGACAUCAUCAAGCGCUUCGAGCAGAAGGGCUUCAGACUGGUGGCCAUGAAGUUCCUGCACGCCUCUGAAGACCUUCUCAAACAACACUACAUUGACCUCAAGGACCGACCAUUCUACCCUGGGCUGGUUAAAUACAUGAACUCUGGACCUGUUGUGGCCAUGGUAUGGGAAGGACUCAAUGUGGUUAAAACUGGGAGAGUCAUGCUGGGGGAAACAAACCCUGCAGACUCCAAGCCUGGCACCAUUCGCGGUGACUUCUGCAUUCAAGUAGGAAGGAACAUCAUCCAUGGCAGUGACUCAGUGGAGAGUGCACAGAAGGAGAUCAACCUCUGGUUCAAGCCUGCGGAGCUGGUUGACUACAAGUCCUGUGCACAUGACUGGAUCUAUGAGUGAAAGGAGCCUCCACAAGGAAUUGUGCCUUCUCCACACAUCUCAUUCCAGCUGCUGCCCUGGGAGAAGCCCUCCCCAGGGUAAUUUCAGCUCUGUUAAAUAAAUGGAUGUGAACUGAUCUCUUGUGGUGCC